CAGCGCGGCCGCGGGUGGGCGGAGCUGGCCGGGAUGAGCGGCGGAGGGUCAGAGACCACCGUGGUUUGUGAGGCCGCCCCGGGCGGCGGCGGCGGCGGUGGCGGCGGCAAGAAAAAGGACUCGCUGGGGACCGCGGGCUCGCCAGCCCACCUCAUUAUCAAGGAUCUUGGAGAAAUUCAUUCAAGGCUGUUAGAUCACAGACCAGUUAUCCAAGGUGAAACCCGUUAUUUUGUGAAAGAAUUUGAAGAAAAACGUGGUCUUCGAGAAAUGCGAGUUCUUGAAAAUUUGAAGAAUAUGAUCCAUGAAACAAACGAACAUACUCUUCCCACGUGUAGGGAAACAAUGCAAGACAACUUAAACCAAGUUCUCCAGAGAUUGCGAGCAGCUACUGACUCGGUCUGUAGACUCCAACAGAGGGAACAGGAGCGAAAAAAGAUGCAUAAUGACCAUUUAAUAGCUAGUGAGAAACAGCAUAUAAUGCAGUGGGAGGAUUUCAUGAAAGAACAACACAGCAAACAGGCUGAAGUGGACGAAGAGCACAGAAAAGCCGUGGAGAGGCUUAAAGAACAAUACGCCGAGAUGGAGAAGGGCCUGGCAAAAUUUCCAGCCUUUGGAGAACUUGAACCAACAGUGACAAACUGAUGAGAAAACAUUGCCUUCCGCUCAGAAACCGCUCUCACCAAACCGCUUAGCCUCUAGGCCUCACGUUUAGCAGUGUAUUCAGUGUCACUCUUCUGCAGAAAAAAGAAACUGCUACCGGAGUCUUAGCUGUUUCCUAGAAGAAGAAUGCCACAUCUUCCCAGUUUUAAGUUCCUGUAUCUGCCUAUACUUCUAAAUGGGGAGAAGUAGGAAGAAAAUGGUAUAAACAUGCUCUUUGUUAAUGAGGAUUGGUCUUAGUUUCCAUUGAUUAUCUCAGAGAACUGUAAAUACAGACUUCUUAGAAAAGUAAUUUAAUUCAUUCUUAUGCAGGGUUAAUGUUACUUUAAUAUUGUGGCUCAGAAGGCCGAUAUGGUGGCUGCCCGUCAGAGCCUCCCGGGCUCUUGGAGGAGUGUGUACAGUGUUAUUCCGCGAGUAAUGUACUGAGAAACAGCUGUCCUGGGAGCAGAGACCACAUUGAAGAGAGUCAAAACUUGGUCUCUGCUCUUCAAAGAGAGCCACGUUGUUCUCUGAAUUGGCCUGUUGGGAGAAGUUGCAGAUUUUGCAUGGCAGCGUAAUGCCGUGUUUCACUGGAUGACAAGACAUGCUUGUUAAAGUUUGUGGCCUUCCAGCACUUCAUAUUUUCAGCUUUUAAAAUGUGCUCACAGGAAAAGCUUACCAAAAAUAGAGUUGACUUUUAACCUUUCCAAGAACCAUAAUCUUGCCCAUAGAUUUACCUCAUUUUUAUGUGUGUUUUGCUGUGGGUAAGCUUUGUAAGAUAAAUAAUGUCUAUACAUGUUUCAACUGUUUAAGGAGUAAUCAGCAAAACCUGCCAAGGCGUCCCUCUGGAACCAUAUAAAGAUUCUGGCUCUGAGUAAACCAGAAGUAUUUGCCCACAUGGCAAAUGAUCCAUGUUAAAUGUAAAUCCUUUUUUAGUGUUUAAUGUCUGUUCUCAUAAACAGGUGUAUUAAGAUGAAACAUGUACCAGUUCUGUCAUCACUGUGAUCUUUAAAAAUCUGCAUUUACCAAUCUAAUUGAGGAACUAAGUUGAUUUUUUAUUUGCCAUAAACCAAGCAGAAUUAAAUGCAAUAAUUUCAAGAGAUUUAUGGCAAAUGAAUUUGAGGUAUGGAUAAAUCUUUCAGGUCUUUUUUUUUUUUUUAUUGCUCUUCAGUAAAGAAAGGCACAAGAAAGAAAAUACUCAACUCUUGUGUUAUCUCAGUGUUGCUACUGCAGAAAAGUGACAAUGCUUGCUUGUGUAAAUUUAUGGCUUGCUGUCAAAGCUUCAUUCUUGGCUGCAUGUUGAAAAAGUGAUUAAAGUUAAUAGAGGAGAUGAAAUAAGUAUUUGAGAUUUCUUUCAGUAACACUGAACUUCUGCCAACUCCCUCUGUCUGCUACUGUAGGCUUGACAGGUUCAUCCAUCAUCCUCUGGUACCUGGACGAAAAAGAGCACUUGCUGACAUUCAGGCGUGUUGGAAUUUUCUUAAUUCUCUUUCAGUGGAUGGAAAAAGAAAACAUACUUCCCAAAAUAUCCCACACAUGAAAAGGGAGGGGAACCUUAAAUGAAAAUUCCUUUUGUACCAUAGGCAGUUUUGGGAGAGCCACUAAUUGCCAAUGCACCAUUGAACAGAUGCUGGAACCAGGAGAUCAGGACUUUGUGUGAGCAGGAAUGGUUCCUCAACUUGUGCAAAGAUUUCUGACAGUGUUUGUUCAUCUCAUAUGAAUAAUAAAUACUUUACCAUAUGAGUUUGUAUAUACUAUAGAAGGAUCUAAGAGACUUCUUAAAACAAAAUGAUUUAAUGGACUUUUUGAGCUUUAAACAUUGAUACUAAAUUCUUUCUUUGUGACUUUCUUAGCUGUUCAGUAGAGCUUCUAAAAGAGAGGGUUGCUUUUCUUUCCCUUUAAUAUUUUUAGUAGUGAGCACUUUCACUUAUAUUUCCCAGUUUUUAAAUCACUUUUGAUAUGUAUUUUAUUUAUAUAUAAAAAGUAGCUUUAGUCGUUACAUAACAUACAGCAUUUCUGCUGUUGUGCUGUCAAGCAGAGAGAAUAUGGAUUCUGUGUGCCUCACAGCAUUAGUUUCUAAUGAUCAAACGAAAUAAUGUUUGUCAACGUAAAGUGCUAUAGAAAUAUUUGUUUUUAAAUUCUAAGUAUUUUUUAUUUUUCAUCAUGAUUUCUUUUCUGACUUAUAUAUGCGGAUUUUUUUUCCAUUUCCUAACAUGUAGAUUUUUAAGUUCUGUUCUUAUUAUUGAUUUCUGCUUUCAUUGAAUUGUGGUCCAAGGAUAGAUUCAUGUAAGACUUGAGAUGU